AUGAGUAAAAAAAGGAAUAUUGAUGACUCACAUGAAAAUAAUAGCAUAAAUAAAAAAAGAUUAAACAUUGAUAAUUAUGGAAGAAAAAUAUGGGAUAAAGAGUAUUAUCAAAAAAAAGCAGAUGAAAAAGUUACGAAUGAAGAAGAUGAAUUAAUAUUAAAAUUAUUGCCUGAUUUAAAAAAAAAGAAAGUUCCCCCUGUACUUUCAGAAAGAAAAUUAUUAGAAGAAAGAAAAGAAAAUUUGUCCUUAGAAAAGAAUCUAGGAAAAAUUCAAAUUUUAACUCAAAAAACUCCUAAAGAAGAACAAGGGGGAUUCUAUUGUAAAAUAUGUGAAUGCAUUAUUAAAGAUUCUCAAACAUAUUUAGAUCAUAUAAAUGGAAAAAAUCAUAAUAGGAUGUUAGGAUAUAGUAUGAAAGUUAAAAGGGUUACAUUAGAUGAUGUUAAAAAAAAACUAAACAUUCUUAAAGAUAAAAAAGAAAACGAAACAAAAGAAAUUGAAAAAGACGCAUAUGAGGAAGCAAAAAAAAAUCUGAAAGAAAUACAGGAAAUUGAGGAAAAAAAAGCACAAAAAAGAAAAGAAAAAAAGUUACAAAAGAAAUUAGAAAAAAAGAAAAAAAAAGAAGAGUUACUCUCAAAAUUAGAAGAUGGUAUAAAUUCAGAAAUUAAAGAAUUAGGAUUACCUACUUCAUUUGUCUAA